AUGGCAGAAGAGAGCAGCAGCGUCACACAGCAGCCACCCUUCCAGAGUGGGGUCCCCCUGAAAGACUUGGAGCACGAUAAGGAGUUCCUACCAGUGCGGCGGCAUCACCGAGAGUUCAGAUUCGACCUAUCGCGGAUCCCAGAGGGCGAGGCGGUCACUGCUGCCGAGUUUCGUAUAUACAAAGACUUCAUCCACGAACGUUUCGAUAACGAGACCUUCCGCAUCAGCGUCUACCAGGUGUUAGAGGAACACUCUGAUAGGGAGUCAGACCUGUUUCUGCUGGACUCGCGGGUGAUCUGGGCAGCAGAGGAGGGCUGGUUGGUGUUUGAUGUUACAGCCACCAGUAACCACUGGGUCCUGAACCCUGGCAGGAACCUGGGUCUACAGCUCGCCCUGGAGAGCACAAAUGGAGAGAGCAUCAACCCUCGUGUGGCCGGGCUGAUUGGUCGCAGUGGGCCUCAGAAUAAACAGCCCUUCAUGGUGGCCUUCUUCAAAGCCACUGAGGUGCACCUGCGAAGCAUCCGCUCAGCGCAAGGGGGGGCCAAGCAGCGUAACCCCAACCGCUCCAAAGGGACAAAGAGCCAAGAGGCGCUGCGAGUGGCCAAUGUUGCAGAGAACAGCAGUACUGAUCAGAAGCAGGCGUGUAAGAAGCAUGAGCUCUACGUCAGUUUCAGAGACUUGGGGUGGCAGGACUGGAUCAUCGCUCCAGAAGGAUAUGCGGCGUACUAUUGUGAGGGAGAGUGUGCCUUCCCGCUGAACUCCUACAUGAACGCCACAAACCAUGCCAUUGUGCAAACCCUUGUUCAUUUUAUUAACCCGGAGACGGUCCCUAAGCCGUGUUGUGCCCCCACACAGCUCCACGCCAUCUCAGUGCUCUACUUCGAUGACAGCUCCAAUGUCAUCCUCAAGAAAUACCGCAACAUGGUGGUCAGAGCUUGUGGCUGCCACUAGGUUAUCAGCAUCUUAACAUAGACACACACACAUAUGCACACACACACAAGUAGAAAGGGCUUCUUCUUGCUGUCAGGCGCCAUUUGAAACAUAUGAAACCUGUGCAAAUGAUUUUCUCGUUACAUUUCAAAGGCUGUCCUGAAGUAAACACGAUGUUUUGUGGCUGAGCAGGACUUUCAAUCAGUUUCAGACUCCUCACCACACAUGCACACACACACACGCACAAACAAACACACACACACACACACACACACACACACUCACGUUUGUGCUUCCUACUGUGUAUACGAGACAUUAAAAGCAGUGAUUGUACUGUAUAUUCAUUCACAGUCAACAAUCUUUUGUUUAUUUCAAUAAUUGUUAUUGUAGUUGAUUCUUUUACUGUAGAUUUUAUUAUAUAUAUAAAUAUAUUUUUAUGACUGAGA